UAAUACAUGCAUAGCAGUUAUAUCUGACAAUGUUCUUUCGCUCAAAACUACUUUAGGGAAUCUCUCUCCGAUGUGUCAUUGUUUUCUACGUGCGAAAGUUCAAGCAUUAUAACACAUGACUUCAGAUUAUAAGGCUGCGUCAUUUGUGACAGAGACACCUGUAACGGUACAUAUCGCGUUACACUGUCAACAUAGCAACGCUCAAACGGACAACAACUUGAACAAGGGGGGCGUGUAAAGAACGACCCCAAAGCCAAAUUAACAUUCCCAGUACGGGAGAAAUGGAAACAUGGAUUGUUCAGCACGGCUGGUAACCAAUUUGCUGGAAGGCGUUUCAGUUUAACGCCUGGGACGUUACAUUACUACACUGCAUGGGAAAUGAGAAGACCCCUACAGCGAUGGAAAUCGGCGCGUGUCGCGGAAAUCCGAUAUGGACCUGUGAACUUAUGCAAACGUUUCUUAUAAGACAGUGCAAAUAUGAACGUCAAGUAUAUUUACAAUGUGAUGCUGAUUUGAAUAUCGCCAGGACAAAGCUUGGAAAAAAGAAGUUAACGUUAGCUUGUUUAUCAAGGAUUGGUGUUAUUUGUUUUGCACCUGCGCAUUUGGGGAAUUCCGAAAGUUGAAUGUGAAUUACUACUAGGAUAGCAUAAAAUUGUAAGGAUUAUUUGUCAUUAUUAUUGGAAUUUAAAAAAAAUAGUUUUUGAUUUGUGAGAUCUAAUAUCGAGCCCCUUUAGAUCAAAUGGUCCCUCCUUACUUUGCUAUUACCAUAGUGGCUAAUGGUACAACCUGCCCCUCCCCGAAUACUUGGUACAUGCCAGUUCCAUCGAUUCGAUCACAACAUGGAGUCAGACGGAAGGCGAGUCGUGCCGAGAGGAGCGGGAGGCUAGGUAGAAUCGGGCGGCAAGCUCGGGCUCUAGUCCUCUGACUUCAGCUCAGAUUGUCCAGAGGACACGGUCAAGAUACUGCCUCCAUCGGAAUCACCGGGAUUGUCAGCUCCGGCGACUCCUCCGGCCGCGCCGGCCGUGGCCUACCUGCCCAUGGACACCAUGGACGCCAACUGUAACCAGAAGGAACGCAUGUGGUGGGCCUUCCUCACGUCCAGCUUCGUCACCUUCGUCGGCGGGUUAGUAUGUAUCCUGCUGUGGAGACUGGGCGCCUGGCUCUUCUGCCGAGUGGCAGAGAAGCCUCCCGGAGAGGUCGUGGCACAGUCGCCCUCGACCACCACAAUGCAGGACACGGGAGUGUUCGUCAAGUCGCCCGACCCCCAGAUCGGCUGGAUGACGGCCGUGAAAGACUGGGCUGGUGUCCUCAUCUCAACUCAGACCGUCACCCGGAGAAUCUUGGGACCAUCCCCUUAUUUCUAUCACGGUGAUGAAUAA